AUGUGCGCGAAAGAACCGAGGGCAACUCAGCCUAGGCCCGCGUCGCCGCCAAUCACCGCGCCAAAGGUCCAUUCGCCGCCCAUAAGCGGAGAGGCAACAAAGCUGAACAUCCUUCAGUCGUCAAUCAAACGAGUCGCCCUGUCGUCCUCCUUCACCAACGAUGCCUUCGACCGGAUCGAGGCUGAGAUAUCGAGGCACCCGCGCCGCGCGAAGCUCAUAUUUGGGGCCGACAACCAACAGUCGCUCGAAUCCCUGUUCGCGUCCGAUAAGUCAAUGCGGUCCAAAAAGUCCGAAGAGGGUACCUCGAUGCUGGGUCCGUCCGACAUGCGCUCUCUCGCGCUAAUCGCCCACAACCACAUGAAGCCGGCGAUGAGGAUGUUUGUGGAGGAGCACGCCGAGACGCUCAAGCGUUUCCGCGUGACGGGCACCGCGUCGACGAUGGCGAUGCUGCGCACGGUCUUUGGCGAGGACGACGAGGUCGUCUACGGCGCCGUGUGCUCCUCGGGUCCGCUGGGCGGGGACGCGCAGAUUGCGGCGCUGAUGUGCCUCGAAGACAUCGGCGCGGUUAUUUUCUUCACCGACCCGCUGAGCGCGCAUCCGCACCAGGCCGACGUGGACUCGCUCAUCCGACUCAUCAACGUGCACAACGUGCUGCAUGCGACCAACCCCACCUCGGCAGAGGGGCUCAUGCACCUCCUCAAGACGGCGGUGGAGUGCAACGAACCCGAGCGUAUCCCCUCAUUCUUCUUCACCAUCCAGUCCCCCGCCGUGCCAGAGUACCAGGCGCAGCAGGCCGCCGUCAUCAAGGCGGCGUCGAACAUCCAGACGCCAGAGGGUGAGCCGUCGGGGGCCGCGCCUGGCACCCUUCGGCAACCGUCGGCCGACAAGAUGUCCAUCGCCAAGCACGUCUUUAAGCAGGGGUCCCUCAAGUACCUGAGCACUUCUUCGGAGCGCUCGCUGACGAGCGUGCCCGAGGCUGGGCCCGAGCGCUCGACGCCUCGGGAGAGCGGGUUCAGGCUCAGGCAAAGGGGCUCACUCGACGACGAGGUUGCCCGCGUUCGGGAGUCGCGGACCCCCUCCGCAGAUAGCACGAGCACCCCAUCGCCUGACGCGGCGCCUGGCGGAGGCAAGCCGAAGGGGCGCGCCGGCAAAGUGAUCCCUAAGAUCGGAGCCUGCAUCAUUGGCUGA